AAUCUGGAAACACUUUAAGUACACAACUGUUUGACUAAAAUCAUAUGGUAUCGCCAAGGAAGUGUUAGGCUGAGGAUUGGUGAAGAUUUAACCCGAAAAUGAGAGCUUUUUCCUUAUUAAUAUUGGCCUGGAUGUCCUUGCUUGUGGUUUUACCAGUGAUACGUUGUAAAGAACAGCGAGAACUAUCCGAAGGCAACCUUUUAGUUGUGACUGUUGCGACCAAAGAGACAGAUGGCUUCAGGCGUUUCAUGCGGUCUGCCCGACACUUUAACUACACUAUCAAGGUGCUUGGCAGAGGGGAGCCAUGGAAAGGUGGGGAUUAUAUGACCGAGCCAGGAGGGGGUCAGAAAGUGCGCCUUCUUAAAGCUGGUUUGCAGGAGAUGGAGGAAGACAAGGUUGUCCUCUUCAUUGACAGCUAUGAUGUUGUCUUCGCCUCCGGUCCCAAAGAGCUGCUGAAGAAGUUCCAGCAGACAAGACACAAGGUGGUCUUCUCUGCAGAGACCCUCAUCUGGCCCGACAGACACUUGGAGGACAAGCACCCCCACUUCCGAGAGGGAAAGAGGUUCUUGGGCUCAGGGGGAUUCAUUGGCUAUGUUCCUAACCUCAAAGAGAUGGUUGCUGACUGGACAGGGGAGGACAGUGACAGUGAUCAACUUUUCUUCACCAAGAUUUAUAUCAACCCAGAGAAAAGAAAAUCCAUCAAUAUAACACUGGACAACAGAUGCCGAAUGUUUCAUAAUCUUCAUGGAUCCCUUGAUGAGGUGGUGUUGAAGUUUGAGGACGGGCAAGUGCGGGCCAGAAAUGUGUUGUAUGAUACAUUACCCGUCAUUAUUCAUGGCAACGGGCCCACCAAGCUCCAGAUCAACUACUUGAGCAACUACAUCCCCACAGUGUGGACGUUUGAGACGGGAUGCAGUGUGUGUCUUGAGGACCUGCGGCCACUCUCAGGACUCAAGGAGAGCGAAUACCCACUGGUGGUUAUUGGAAUCUUCAUCCAGCAGCCCACCCCCUUUGUCAGUGUGUUCUUUGAGACCUUGCUCAAACUGGAAUACCCAAAGAACCGACUCAAACUCUUCAUCUACAACCAGGAGCAGCACCACGAGGUAGUGGUCAGCUCUUUCCUGAAGGACCAUGGGAAAGAGUACCAGGAUGUUAAGGUCAUCGGGCCUGAGGAGAACCUGGACAGGGUAGCUUCCCGCAACCUCGGCCUUGAUAUGUGCCGACAGGACAAGGACUGUGAGUAUUUCUUCAGCAUGGAUAUCGAAGUGGUUCUGAAGAACAAGGACACCCUAAAGAUUCUCAUCGAGCAAAAUGAGCCUAUAAUUGCACCCAUGAUAACCCGAGAAGGCCGCCUGUGGACCAACUUCUGGGGAGCACUCAGUGCUGAUGGUUACUACGCUAGGUCGGAGGACUAUGUGGACAUUGUGCAAGGACGCAGAGUUGGUGUGUGGAAUGUCCCUUACCUGACCAAGGUGUACCUGGUGAAGGCCAGCCUCCUUCACGAGGAGCUCUCCAACAAUGACCUCUUCAGCUCGGGCACUCUGGACCUCGACAUGGCCUUCUGUCACAACGCCAGAAACAAAGGAGUCUUCAUGUAUGUUACGAAUAUGCACACCUUUGGACGGAUGCUGUCGACAGAAAACUACCAGAUGAGCCAUCUCCACAACGAUUUGUGGCAGAUCUUUGAAAACCCUAAGGAUUGGGAGGAGCGUUACAUCCAUGAGAACUACACAAAGAUAAUGAGAGACAAACUGAUUGAAACACCUUGCCCUGAUGUAUACUGGUUCCCGCUAUUCUCUGAUAUCGGAUGUGACCACAUUGUUCAAGAAAUGGAAAACUUUGGACAGUGGUCAGGUGGCCGAAAUACGGACACAAGGAUCCAGGGUGGCUAUGAGAAUGUCCCCACCAUUGAUAUCCACAUGACUCAAAUCAAUUAUGAGAAAGAGUGGCAGAAGCUUCUGUUGGAUUACAUAGCCCCAAUCACAGAGACAAUGUAUCCUGGAUACUACACCAAGUGUAUCUCUUACCUCAACUUCGUAGUGAGGUACAAACCUGACGAGCAGCCCCUGCUCACCCCGCACCACGAUGCAUCUACUUUCACUAUUAAUGUAGCUCUCAACAGCAAAGAAAUUGACUAUGAGGGUGGGGGAUGCAGGUUCAUACGGUAUAACUGCUCCGUCGAGGCACCCCGCAAAGGCUGGGCCCUCAUGCACCCUGGACGGCUCACCCACUAUCACGAGGGCCUGCGAACCACUGCAGGCACUCGAUACAUCGCAGUGUCAUUUGUGGACCCCUGAGUGCCAAUGGCAAUGUGCUGCCACUUCCAGGUGUCAGCUGUUGUUUCUAUGGUGCCUUUACUGAACGUUUGUUAAUUCAGGAAAACUCCAUUAGCCAAAUCCAAGUGUGCGUUGCGGGAGACCUUUUCUCUUGAAACCCCUUUCCACUGAAAGUCAUUUGAAACUUUUGUGAGACAAAUGUACUGUUUUAGUAUUAUAAUAACUUGUUUUGUUGAAUCAAGACACUCCUUCCUACAUACAGUAUGAGGCAAUAAGAAUAACUUUAUUUGUAAAGUGCCCUUCAUUUCUAAAUACACUCCUAAUACAGUAGGCAAUGCACCAUGGUCUUGGAGAUUAUUAAAACAUCUGUCCUAUUUAUUAUUUUGAUAUUUGUAUAAAAGGAGUUUAUUCCAAAGAUUCUGUGUGGCUUUUCAAAUGUGUAAUAUCUAAAGAACACAGCUCGUAACACAUUCUCAGUCCCCUUGUCACUUUCAUGUUGAAAGCAAGUCCAUGUUCAGCACCCAAACAUUGUCGAUGCAAUGAAUAGAGCCGACAUGAGUCCUUAUUCUACAUGUCAGACAGGCAUGUUUGUUCUACAUUGCCUACUUCUAUCAGAAUGUUCCAAAACGUUGCAUCCUGCUGAAAGCACACCAGAACAUAUACUGUAUGUUUCUCUUAAAUAACUAUACAUUUUUUUAACAUUCCAUGACAAGUAAUCAUUUCGGACAAAGUUUGACUGAAUUGAUCUGAUGCUGCCUGGGCAUACUCUGAAGAAUGUUGUAAACACUAGUAGAGAUAGUUGUGAGAAUUUAUAUUUUGGUCAUUUGUCAAUAAAACACUGAACCAAACUAUGA